AUGGCGGCUCCAAUGGUGGUCGUAAACAUCUCUCUAUACCUUCUUCAAGCCACUUCUACAAUGAUCGUUGGUCACAAAAGCGAGAUCUCACUCGCCGGAAUAGCUCUCGCCAGUUCCAUUGCUAACGUUACAGGCUUCAGUGUCCUCUUUGGAUUAGCCUGCGCAUUAGAAACACUAUGUGGUCAAGCCUUUGGAGCUCGUCAGUACGAGAAGCUCGGUUCCUAUACUUUCACUUCCAUUGUUUCUCUUCUCAUCAUUUGCUUCCCAAUCUCUCUUCUAUGGAUUUUCAUGAAGAAUCUUUUGUUAUUGUUUCACCAAGACCCUGAAAUAUCAGAGAUAGCUUCUGUUUACUGCCUUUGGCUCAUACCAGCUUUAUUCGGUUACUCUGUUCUUCAAUCACUGAUUCGUUACUUCCAAACACAAAGCUUGAUUUUCCCUAUGGUUCUCACUUCUUUAACCGGUCUAUGUUUCCACGUACCGGUUUGUUGGGUAUUUGUUUACACUUUAGGCCUUGGAACCAAAGGUGCAGCUUUAUCUAUUAGUCUUUCAUAUUGGCUCAACGCGGUUCUCCUCUGGUUUUUCAUGAGACAUUCUCGAGUUUGCAAAGGCAAACGGGUUUUAGUAUCGAUGGAAGCUUUUGGUCACAUGAGGAACUUCUUCGCCUUGGCGGUUCCUUCUGCUAUGAUGAUUAGUCUUGAAUGGUCGGCUUUCGAGAUUUUGAUUCUUAUCUCUGGAGUUUUACCAAACUCAAAGCUAGAGACAUCUCUUUACAACCUCAUCUUUGCACUACAAUCUGGCAGCUUCGAUCGGUGCUGCCGCAAGACCUCGAUGUCGAUCACGUAA